AUGGACUGUAGCCCGCCAGUCUCCUCUGUCCAUGGGAUUGCCCAGGCAAGAAUGCAGCUAAACACUUCCCUGAGGGGUAACGAAAAUGGGGGGCAGGCCUAUGUGGUCCCCUCCCCAGGAAGGCGUGGGGCCUGCUGGCCUCCAGAGAGGACCAGGAGUGCCCUCAUCAUGGGGGAUGUGCCAGGAGACCCGCGGCUUUUUGCUUCUUGCCUACGUGGGAUCCAGGCAUCUGGGACACAGUGGCAGCCAGGCCCCUCCCGGGGCUCAGGUUCCUGGCACCUCAGGCGGAUCCCGUCUGAUGUCACACAGACACGCAUCAAGUGA